UUCCCUCUCCCCUUCACCACUUCCCUCCCUUUCUUUCACAACCAACCCAAGCUAUAAUCAAUUCUUAUUACUUCAUAUAUUUACUCUUCAAUGCCUGAUUCUGCCUCAGCCUCCUCUUCCACCAGAAUGUGGUGCUCCGUCCCGGAACGGGUUCAGCUGCAUGCGGCCAUGUUGGCCCUGCAGUUUGGCUACGCCGGAUUCCACGUCGUCUCUCGAGCUGCCCUUAACAUGGGCAUUAGCAAACUUGUUUUCCCAGUCUACCGCAACGUUAUUGCCUUAUUCCUGCUCCUUCCUUUUGCCUACUUCUUGGAAAAGAAGGAGAGGCCUGCCAUUACUUUAAACUUCCUCUUACAGUUCUUUCUUCUGGCGCUUGUCGGAAUUACUGCGAACCAAGGUUUCUACUUGCUUGGUUUGGACAACACAUCACCGACCUUUGCAUCGGCGAUACAAAACUCUGUCCCAGCCAUUACAUUUCUGAUGGCAGCCAUAUUCAGGAUAGAGCAAGUUCGGCUGAAUCGAAAGGAUGGGAUAGCGAAGGUUGCGGGAACAGUAUUCUGUGUGGCUGGGGCAUCGGUGAUUACCCUAUACAAGGGUCCAACAAUAUAUAGCCCAACUCCACCACUGAACGCCAGCCCAGAAAUUGACUUUGGUUCACUCUCGCUGGGAGAUGCAAAGGGAAAGAACUGGACCCUCGGGUGCCUCUAUCUUAUAGGACACUGCUUGUCCUGGUCUGGUUGGCUUGUGUUGCAAGCACCUGUAAUCAAGAAGUACCCUGCUCGUCUCUCUCUCACUUCCUAUACAUGUUUCUUUGGCCUCAUACAAUUCUUCGUCAUUGCUCUCAUCGUUGAAAGAGAUGCUCAGGCUUGGAUUUUCCAAUCUGGUGGAGAAGUUUUCACCAUCAUCUAUGCGGGAGUAGUGGCAUCUGGAAUUGCCUUCGCUGUUCAGACAUGGUGCGUCGACAGAGGUGGCCCUGUGUUUGUUGCAGUGUAUCAACCUGUUCAAACUCUUGUUGUCGCUAUUAUGGCUUCCCUUGCUUUAGGCGAAGAGUUCUACUUGGGAGGGAUCAUAGGAGCAGUGUUGAUCGUUGUGGGACUGUACUUUGUGUUGUGGGGCAAAAACGAAGAGAGAAAGUUUGCAAGGGAACAGGCUGCGAUUACGUCCACCCCAGAGCACAGUGGCAUCAGAUCCGCAAGUCAUGCCAAAACAUCACUCACUCAGCCUCUUCUCCUCCCUUCAUCUACGGAGAACGUCUGAUCAAGAGAUUCAUGACUUCGUGCUGCUGGGAGGGAAAAAGGAAAAAGAAAAGAAGAAAAUGAUAUCAGUGAUACAUUAUUACUACUUUAUGUCAGGAAGCUUGUGUGUGUACGAAGGCCUUUCAUCUUUUUUUUCUUUCUUUUCUUUUGGUUAAUUCACAUGCUUUCUUUCUAGGACUUUUAGAAUGAGGUUUUUCAUGGGAAUCAUUACAAUGAUGGAUGUCACGUAAAAGUGGCCUCAAAGACCGAAAUCCCAUAUGCUUUAUAUGUUAAUUAAUGGUUUGAUUUACCAAAGCGGAUUUUUAAUUUCAGCUCUAUGCUCAGUUGUCUCCUAA